UAAGAGAUGCGACUAAAGAGUUUCACUUCUGAAAUUAGAGAAGAAAAAAAACGAAGCAAAAGCACUUAUCAAACAUGACACCACAAAACAUGUUUGCUAAUCUAGGAUCGAUAUUGGCCAGUUUGAUGUUUAUCCGGGCCAUGUUUCAGCAAUACUUUCCUCAUCAGCUUCAAAACUUUCUUGAGAAAUACUCUCAAAGGGUGAUGGCUUUCUUUUACCCUUAUAUCCAAAUCAGGUUCAAUGAGUUCACUGGAGAGCGUCUCACAAGGAGUGAAGCUUACUCUGCCAUCGAGAAUUACCUCAGCUCCACUACUUCCAUGCAAGCAAAGAGGCUGAAGGCUGAAAUAGGUAAGAACAACCAGUCACUUGUUCUUAGUAUGGAUGAUCAUGAAGAGGUUGGUGAUGAGUUUAAAGGGGUCAGGCUCUGGUGGGCUUCUGGUAAACAUGGUGUGAGAGCACAGACGACAUUGUUUAAUCCAGUUCCUGAUGAGAAGAGACACUACAGGCUCACUUUCCAUAAAAAAUAUAGAGAUCUCAUUAUUGGGCCAUACCUCAGCCAUGUGUUGAAAGAAGGUAAGGCAAUCAAGGUAAAAAACAGGCAAAGGAAGCUUUACACUAACUAUGGUUCUUAUUGGAGCCAUGUUGUGUUUGAGCACCCAGCAACAUUUCAGACACUUGCAAUGGAGCCAGAGAAGAAGCAAGAGAUUAUUGAUGACCUGAAUGCAUUCAGCAAGGCAGAAGAGUUUUAUGCAAGAAUUGGGAGAGCUUGGAAGAGAGGGUAUCUCCUUUAUGGCCCUCCAGGGACUGGCAAGUCCACAAUGAUUGCAGCCAUGGCUAAUCAUUUGGGUUAUGAUAUUUAUGACCUUGAACUCACUGCAGUGAGGGAUAACACUGAGCUGAGGAGGCUAUUGAUUGAAACAUCAAGCAAAUCUAUUAUUGUGAUAGAAGACAUUGAUUGUUCGCUUGAUCUUACUGGUCAAAGGAGGAAGAAGAAAAAGGAGAAAAAGGAAUCAGGAGAAGAAGAGAAGGAACCAAAGAAAAAGGAAGAAAAGGAAGAAAAUGAAAACAAAUCCAGCCAGGUUACUCUUUCUGGGCUUUUGAAUUUUAUUGAUGGGCUUUGGUCUGCUUGUGGUGGUGAAAGGCUGAUUGUUUUCACUACCAAUUAUGUCGAAAAGCUUGAUCCUGCACUAAUUCGAAAAGGAAGGAUGGAUAAGCACAUAGAAUUGUCAUUCUGCAAGUUUGAAGCUUUUAAGGUGCUGGCAAAGAAUUAUCAUAAGCUUGAAUAUCACCAUUUGUUCCCCAAAAUCAGUGAGUUGUUUGAAGACGCAGAUAUGACCCCAGCUGAUGUUGCUGAACAUUUGAUGCCCAAGUCAAUUUCAGGGGAGGCAACAUUAUGCUUGGAGAGUCUGAUCCAGGGUCUUGAAAAGGCAAUAGAAGAAGUAAAGUUGAAAGCUGAGGUGGAAGCAAAAAAAAUUGAAGAAUCAGCCAAAAAUGAAGCAAAAGAAGAAGAUAAGUAAUUCGUGGUGAAGAUUGAUUGGAGAGCCAUGAAGGUAAAAGAAUUCUAGCCAAGAGGUGCAAAAGUAAACCGGCCAUCAGGAAAAAAGACAAAUGGAGAAGCAAAAAGUUAUAUAAAGUAGAAAUGAGUGAGUGGCCUGGGCUGUAAGAUUCCGACUUUAGGAUUGGACAAAAUAAAAUCUCUCUUUAUGAAUAGAAUAAUUUUUUUUUGAUGAA